CAGGGAACAGGGCAGGCAGGGGACAAACACCUGAAAAAAUAGUACUGGACAACAAGAGAGAAGACAAGGAAAGAGAAGGAAGAAAACAAAAGAGCCAGGCAGUGAGACACGUGAGGGAGUGGCGAUAUAAGGCAACACUCCACACCAAACAGUGAAGUGAAGAGAGCAGUGCUGAGGUGUCUGUGUGCUGCAGCAUGUUGGCCUCCACGCUGAGAGCAGCAGCCAGGCCGUGCAGGAGUGUGCUGCAAUCCCGAGUGCGGUCAGUGCUGACCCAGGCAGUGCGGACACGCUCGCACCUGCCCCUCAACACCGUGGUGCUCUUUGUGCCGCAGCAGGAGGCGUGGGUGGUGGAGCGCAUGGGCAGGUUCCACCGAGUGCUGGAGCCCGGCAUCAACGUGCUUAUCCCAGUGCUGGACAAGGUCAAGUAUGUGCAGAGCCUUAAGGAGAUUGCCAUUGACGUGCCCCAGCAAGCUGCCAUCACCUCAGACAACGUGGCACUCAACAUUGACGGCGUGCUGUACCUUCGCAUCAUUGACCCUUACCGAGCCAGCUAUGGUGUGGAGGACCCAGAGUUUGCCAUCACACAGCUUGCACAAACCACCAUGAGGUCUGAGCUGGGUAAGAUCUCUCUAGACUAUGUGUUCAGAGAGCGUGAGAGUCUGAACAUGAAUAUAGUGGAUGUGAUCAACAAAGCAUCCGAGUCUUGGGGGAUCACCUGCCUGCGUUAUGAGAUCCGUGACAUCCGGCUGCCGCCACGGGUGCAGGAUGCCAUGCAGAUGCAGGUUGAGGCCGAGAGGCGGAAGAGAGCGGCCAUCCUGGAGUCUGAGGGAGUGAGGGAAGCUGAGAUCAACAUAGCAGAGGGCAAGCGCAAGGCUCGCAUCCUUGCCUCUGAGGCAAACAAGGUUGAGCAGGUGAACAAUGCCAAGGGUAAAGCUGAAGGUCUCAGUAUCCUGUGUGAGGCUUUGUCACAUAAGCAAGGUCUGAAUGCUGCCUCCCUUGCCACUGCCCAGUCUUACAUUGAGGCCUUCCAGCACUUAGCCAAGCAGAACAACACCCUUAUCCUGCCAGCCAACGCAGGGGAUGUCACUGGGUUGGUAGGCUCGGCUGUCACCAUGUACAACGCUCUCACCAAGACCGUUCAGGCAAACUCCAAACACCAAGAGGAGCCACCAGUUGAACCAAGCCCUCCAGCAUCACCACCAUUGUCAUCAUCACCAUUGCCAUUCUCGCAGAGUUUGCCCGAUGACCAAUAGGAGUGAUUAUUUUUAUUAUAUAUA